AUGGAAGCAACUCAUUUAUUCGGUUCAAAAAUCCACAAUGCAAUUGGAGAAAGGAGUAAUCAAAAUGUGAAAUUGAAUGUUGAUGAAGGAGUGCCAAAUACAUAUUGGAAUGAGGUGUCAAGAAAAAUGAAUCGCGUUGAGCUUGGUCUUUAUCUCUUUGUCGCAAAAUUGCUUUCGAAAAAAGAGCGGAAACGAGAAAUGUUGGAUGAAUGCAAGACUUAUGAACAUUCAACUGCAUUUGGAAUCUCAAGGAUGAGCACCGAUGAUAUAAAGAAAGCAAGCUUCAGGACAAUUUUCGCUUUUUGGAUUCUCGGUAUUUGCAACAAUCUUCCCCAUAUUGUGAUGCUGAGUGCGGCGGGGGAUAUCAUCGAUAAAGGGCAUCGACACUCACAAAUCGUUCAACUCUCGAACUCGACACAAAACAAUGAGACUUGUCCGGCUGAUCGAGGCACCAAACAUUGUGAUGGGAAGCAAUCGACAGGGAUCAUCCUUCUCGCAGACAUUCUACCAAGUGUUCUCGCGAAAAUAUUCGUCAUGUUCUGGGCUCAAAAAGUUUCAUAUCAAUUACGUCACUUCUGUGUAGUGAGUCUGCAAUUCGCUGCGUUGCUCAUUGUCGCCUUUGCGGAUAGUUACUUUUGGGCGAUUUUCGGUGUCGUACUCCAAUCGAUAGCGGGCGGUGUGGGAGAGUCGACACUUGUCUCUUACUCAUCUCACUUCUCCCAUUCUACAACGGUGGCCUGGACAUCGGGAACGGGAGCUGUCGGGAUCUUAGGCUCAUUUCUGUAUGCAUCCCUCACCGAGCCUCAUCUCGCCAACCUUUCCCCAAAGACAGCAUUUCUUGUGAUGCUGAUUUUCCCAAUUGCUUUUGCUGUCGCCUUUUGGAUGAUUCUCGAUCACUCAAAGAAUAUUUUUCACUAUUGCAAGAAGUAUAUUGUUGUGGAUGCUUCUUCACAUGAACCAAAGCCAAAUUCAAAUGAAAAUGCGAAAGUCGAGCAAAGACCGACAACUUUAUGGCAAAAAGUGUGCUUGAUCAAGCCAUUGCUUCGUUGGUUGAUUCCUUUGAUGUGUAUCUACCUGGCAGAAUACAUGAUUAAUCAAGGAUUUAUCCAACUGGUUGUCUUUGAUUGUUCCACUGGUCUCCAUCUCUCAAAAACAAGUCAAUAUCGGUGGUUCCAGUUCAUCUACCGUACCGGCUCGUUUAUCUCAAAAUCUUCGCUUGGUCUCCUCGACUUUCCCGUUUGGGUUCUUUACUUGUUACCGGUGUUGCAGAUCGGAAACGCGAUCUUUUUCUAUUUCGAGGCUCUUCUCGCGUUUGUUCCCCAUAUUCUAAUCGCUUUCGUCAUCAUCUUUGUGGCGGGUCUUUAUGGUGGAUCGAGUCUUGCCAAGACUUUGAAUCACAUUCACAAAACGGUUCCAUCCGAUGUUCGGGAAUUCUCAUUGGCUGUCGCGUGUACCUCUGAUGCUGUCGGAAUCGUCAUGGCUGCUUUUGCGGCGAUUUUGUUCCACAAUGUUAUCUGCUCGCAGAUCGGA